GCAUCUCCCUGGUCUGAUUGGUGCAUCUUGUUGCAACAAUUCAGGGUUCUGAGUGUUUUUUGGUUCACCUUUCCCCUUUGCUUGCCAUCUUUUCUUUUCCGGAUAAUUCGAGGGUGUCCCAGUACAAUCCACGGCUAUUUUAACUGUCUCUGGACCCCAUCCAGAGAAUGUAUUCUUGUUGGGUGGGAGUUGAGGUGUCAUUCGUCGUCGAUCAUAUCCUGUCAAGAGGAUGCGCAAAGGAUAUGCCCAUGGCUUUUCGUCAUUCGAGACAAGAAAUGUGCGGAUUUGCAUGGCAUAGCCUGAUAUUCCAUUGGCAAUUGUUCAAAUGACGAGAACGGCGGGAUGACCAUCGCGUUGCCACCUGCAGUGUCGUUGAAACCAGUGGAGGUCCAACGAUAUGUCCGAUAUGUCGGCCAUGGCAAGUGUAGUGGCGUUUGUGAAUUCGCAUCCGUCUUGAAAGCACAGGCCGACGACGUCACCACCCCCUGCCACCAUAUUGUGCAGCAUGCAGCCAUCCAGAAGUCGAGGGUGGGUGGCUGACUCGGUCCCUGAGACUGUUCACCAGGCCCUCGUGUUUGCGACAAUUUUCCUCCGUGGUCGGGUUUCACUCAGGUUUGGCAAACUGAAUUCGACGCUCAUGUAUUUAUGAAGGGUGACGAUGUGUGGUACACAAGGAAAUAAUAGGUGCAAGGCAAACAUGAAACUGGGCACAUGAAACACAUCAAAAUGAAGCAAACAUAUGGCGCACUUACCGAAGGCUAUGCAGAUAAAAGCAGAUUUCGUUUGGACCAGAUAAAGCCAGUCGCAAACGUAUAUGGGUGUAAUGAUAUAAAAGGAGCUACCGUGCGAAUUGAUUCAGGGUGAUACUCGAAGAGCCUCUUUGGAUUCGGAGUAAGUUGAAGUUGAGUCAAGUUAAGAGUGACAAGCACCAAAGGAUAGAAAGCGAUUGGUUGUCUUAGGUAAUGUUGAAGCGUGAUUCCAAGACUGGAGCGUCUUCCGGAGGAGGCGACGGACACGGCGAGGAGCGGCCACCGGAGCGGAGCGCAUUAGCUGAGGAUAAGUCCAGAGCUUUGGUCGAUCGACACUCCCUAAAAGAAAUGAUGCGAGAUCGGCUGCCGCUUAAGGGUUAUCAAGCUCGAACGUGUGACCCCAUCCACUGCAGGGGGAAGGACGACAGCGAAUCGAAUGACACGGCUUUGGGGUAUGAUUUGGCUCGGUCGACCAAAAUAGCUUGGCCUGGAGGCUUUGGUACUGCUGCGGUCCGUUCGCUGGGGCUGGUCUGGAUCUGA